AUGCAUCUCUCUUUGGCCUUAUGGCUGAUGCCUGUCGUUGUCCUUGCAUGUGUUGCGAGUGCUUUGGAGGACAUCACCUCAACACACACCUUUGUGGACAAGCAAAACAAUGACCCUGAUUUAGGGAUCUUGCGUGCCUACGACAGCGUGAUUGAAACUGGUGAAGAGAGAGUCAACUUGCGAAAAACGGCAAACUCACUCGUCGAGUCUGCUAAGCUGAAGUUUUUUUUGCUGAAUAAAAUGAGUGGGGUCGACGUUCUGAACAAAUUAAAGGUCGGAGAUGAAGCUUCGGCUGCGUUGAAGAGCUCCAAAAUCGAGGCUUUGACACAAUACAUCACGAUGUUCAACAACAAGAACCCGGACAAGAAAAUCUCUCUCAUUGGGACUCUCACCGCCCGAUAUGGAGAUGAUAAAGUGGCGAAGGCGCUAGUGGCAGUGGAAAAAGAUGGAGCUGCUCCGAAGGUGAUGGAGCUUGCAAAGAAGUUGCGGGCUGACCCCAACUGUCUGCUUGGUUGGAUGGUCGUAAAUCUGUCGACGAUGUUUUCCUUUUACUCAAGCUUCAUGCCUAUGGACCUGGAGCGCUCGGAAGUCGAAAAUUGGACAUACUGGAUGAUUACAUUGUGA